AUGGCGCCAUGUCAGCAGGGUUAUGGCAGCUGUCAGACUGCAGUUGUGCCAUCGUGCCCCGGAGGAUCAUCUGCGUCGGGGGGUCGAAAGGUUGCAUACUAUCAAGCAGGAAACCUGAUGUACAGACGAUGCAACCGAAUUGCGCCCUCAGAUAUCAUCCCAAGAGACCUGACACACCUGAUUUUUGCUUUUGUCUUCAUCAAUCCCAGCAGUUUUGAAGUGCAGCCAGAGAACGAUCCUCAAGAUAGAGCGCUCUAUUAUCAAUUCACAGCCCUGAAAACGCCAUCCACACAAAUUUGGUUUUCAGUUGGAGGUUACGGUUUCAGUGACCCAGGGAAUACCUUCACGACUUGGUCUGAAUUAUGCGCCGAUCCUGCAAGACGAGCGAAGUUCAUUGCCUCCCUAAUAGAUUUCAUGACAAGUUGGGGUUUUCAAGGUGUUGAUAUUGACUGGGAAUAUCCUGUGGAAUCGAAUCGCGGUGGACGUCCAAUAGACACGGCGAAUCUCAAUGCCCUGAUUCAGGAAAUGCGUGCCGCCUUUGGAACGAAGUUUGGCAUCAGUAUUGCAUUACCUUCCGAUUACACGUACAUCCAACACUUCGAUGUCGCCACCCUCUCCCAAUAUAUAGAUUUCUUCAACUUCAUGUCCUAUGAUCUCCACGGACCUUGGGAAGUCAACACUAUAGGUGCCAUUCUCAGAGCACCCGGCUCUGUCGUUGAUAUCGGCAACACUUUGCUCCCUCUUUGGUAUGCCAACGUCUCACCAAACAAAAUCAACAUUGGAAUAUCGAUGUACGGACGUUCAUAUACACUGAAAGAUCGCAACUGCGCAGAACUUGGAUGCCCAUAUAAAGCGGCUGGUAAUCCAGGAAUGUGCACAGACAGUCCGGGUCUGCUAUCUCUCUGGGAGAUUGCGCUUCUGAGAGCAGACAAAGACUUAAGCUCAAAAUUUCUACCCGAUGUUAUGAUGGAGCAGAUGACUUACGACGAUCAAUACAUUGUAUUCGAUGCUUCAUUGACAGUAGAUCGAAAAUUGCAAUGGGCCGAUGGUCUGUGUCUAGGAGGCCUUGCUUACUGGGGUGUGGAUUUGUACUCAACAUGGGGAAGGUUCGUAACCUCCCUCCAUCCCAAAUAACCUAUUGACCAUCACAGUGGUCGUACAUCCAUCACAAAUUCCCAAGAUGCAACUUGCGGUGCUGGAAAGUCAACAACAUGCAUGAACCUCCUUCCAAAUCAAAAAUGCUGCUCCAAGAACGGCUUCUGUGGCGGAACGCCAGCUCACUGCGAAGCUGCCAAUGGCUGCCAGCCAGCAUUCGGCAUGUGUGUUGCUAAUCCUGCAACUAUCAGUUUGAAUGGUAGAUGUGGAUCUGAGGCGAAGACUAGUUGCUAUAAGAGCGUCUUUGGAGACUGUUGCUCGAAGAAUGGAUACUGUGGUGCAACGCAGGAUUAUUGUAGACAUGAUUUGGG